CUGCUGGAGCUCCUUUAACCCCGGGGCUGGCUUGGGCACCAUCUCCAACAUGUGGCGAGAGAUCGUGGCAUACAGGAACUAUCUGAUCACCGUGCUGACUCCCCUGGUCUUCCUUCCUUUGCCGCUGGUUCUUCCUCACAAGGAAGCCCAAUGCGGCUACACCAUCAUUCUGAUGGCCAUCUUCUGGUGCACCGAAGCCUUGCCCCUGGCAGUGACCGCUCUCAUCCCGGUCCUUUUCUUCCCCCUCAUGGGCAUCAUGGACUCCACGACGGUGUGCAUGGAAUACCUAAAGGACGCCAACAUGCUCUUCAUUGGAGGGCUGCUGGUGGCCAUUGCUGUCGAGCACUGGAACCUCCACAGGCGCAUCGCCCUGCAAGUCCUCCUCAUCAUUGGGGUCCGGCCUGCCUUGCUGCUGAUGGGCUUCAUGGGCAUCACCGCCUUCCUCUCCAUGUGGAUCAGCAACACGGCCACCACCGCCAUGAUGGUGCCCAUCGCGCACGCCGUCCUUCAGCAGCUGCACAAGUCGGAGCUGGAGCAGAGCGCGGCAGAGCAAGAGGGCGUCCCGAACGGGACCAUCAACCGGGCAUUUGAGUUGCAGGAGGCCCCCCACCCACAAGUGCAGGUGGUGGCAAAGGGGAAGGUGCCGGAGGAGCAGCAGCAACUUGGGCAGAAGCUGCAGGAGGACCAGAUCCAGCUGCAGCAGAAGCACGAGACGUUUUGCAAAGGGAUGAGCCUGGCCGUCUGCUACUCUGCCAGCAUCGGCGGGAUCGCCACCCUGACGGGCACCACCCCCAACCUGGUGAUGAAGGGGCAGAUGGACGAGCUCUUCUGCCGCAACAACAACGUGGUGAACUUUGCCUCCUGGUUCACUUUCGCCUUCCCCGCCAUGGUGCUGCUCCUGAGCGUCUCCUGGCUGUGGCUGCUGCUGCUGUUCCUGGGCUUGGACUUCAGGAAGAAUUUUGGCUGCGGCACCAGCGAGUCGGAGCGGCUGAAGUCUGCCAGGGCGUACGACAUCAUCAAGAGCGAGUACCAGUCCUUGGGCCGCAUGAAGUUCUCCGAGGUGGCUGUCCUCGUCCUCUUUAUCACCUUGGUGGUGCUUUGGUUCACGAGGGAGCCCGGCUUCAUGCCCGGUUGGGCAAGUGCCGCCUUUAGCCACAAGGGGAAGAGUUACGUCACGGAUGCCACCGUGGUCAUCUUCAUCUCGCUGCUGAUGUUCCUGAUUCCCUCCAAAAUGCCCGGCUGCUCUUCCAGGGGCCAGCUGGAAGGCAGCCCGGGGCAGGUCUGCGCGCCCCCGGCCCUCCUGGACUGGGCCACGGUCAACCGGCAAAUGCCCUGGAACAUCGUCAUCCUCCUGGGAGGAGGGUUCGCCUUGGCCAAGGGCAGCGAGGUCUCAGGCCUGUCCAAAUGGCUGGGGAGCAAGCUGGCCCCUUUGCAGACCAUUCCCCACCCGGCCAUCGCCUUCCUGCUCUCCCUCCUGGUGGCUGUCUUCACCGAGUGCACCAGCAACGUGGCCACCACCACCCUCUUUCUGCCCAUCCUGGCUUCCAUGGCCCAGGCCAUUGAACUCAACCCGCUGUACGUGAUGCUGCCCUGCACGCUCGCGGCCUCGCUGGCCUUCAUGCUGCCGGUGGCCACCCCACCCAACGCCAUCGUCUUCUCCUACGGCCAUCUCCGGGUCAUCGACAUGGUCAAAGCUGGAUGUAUGCUGAACGUCCUGGGCGUCCUGACCAUCAUGCUGGCCAUCAACACCUGGGGCAUCCCCUUGUUUGACCUGCACCAGUUCCCGUCCUGGGCAAGCAGCAAUGCCACUCGCUGCUGACUGGCGAAAGAGGGUUACUCUGACUCUGAGCCUCUUCCCAGGCUCCCUGGUUUCUCGGGCAUGGCAUUGUCUCACCUCUGUGGCACAAAAGUAGCUCAGACUGACCCAGCCGUGGCACUGGUACGCUGCAAGCCCUUGUGGAUGGCACCAGCCUCCCCGGCCCUGAAGGAUCCCAGGCACGUCUUGUGAGAGCGAGAGAAAAUGUGCUUCUCCUCCAAACCGCUCCUGUAAAUGCAGCGCCCCAUUGCCAGCAACACCGAAGACGGCCUGGCCCUGCUGAUGCAAAGCUUAUGGGGGACAUUGGUGCACCAGCUCAUGCACCAGCUAUUGUAGCGCAUUUCUGUGCCAGCCACAAUCAUUCUAAUUGAUUCUAAUCCCCAACCACUGGAUGCCAUCUGUCUGCAGCUGCAUGUCCAGAAACUAUCCCUGGCACUUCCUGAGCAGCUGGGCUGCAGGUCCCAGGCCAGGGCAGGCCCUGGGGUCUCUCCUGGGCAUAAUGGAACCGUACCUUGGUGAAAUAAAGUGGUUUUCAGCCA